AUGCCCUCCACGUUCUCCCUCAUAAUCUCCACCCUCCUCCCUCUCUCCACCACCGCCCACUUCGUCCUCAACUGGCCGCCCAGCCGCGGCUUCGAAGACUCCUCCGCUACCAACUUCCCCUGCGGCGGCUUCGACUCCGUAAAACCGCCCCGCACAGAAUGGCCCAUCAAGGGCGGGCCCGUCCAACUGCGCAUGCACCACCCCCAGACACGCGUCAAGGUGUUCAUGGCGCUUGGAGACGAUCCCGGCACGAGUUUCAAUGUGGUGCUCAGGGAGCAAUUUGCGCAGGAAGGGUUGGGCAAUUUCUGCGUCGGCGGGUUGAGCGUACCGGAGGGGGUGAAUGUGAGCGAUGGGAUGAGUGCGACGAUUCAGGUUGUGACGAAUGGGGAUCCCGAGGGCGGGCUUUAUCAGACGACGCAGUGCGCAGACGUCAAGCUCGUCAACACCGUCUCCGAAGACCUCGCGCAGCAUUGCAACAACGGCACGAUCAAGAUCACGGAGGAGAACAUCAAGGGGAAUCCGAAUGAGACGAGUUCCUCUGAGCCGGCUCCGUCGGGAUCUUCGCCUUCGGAGGGAGCGCCUGCUGCGACGACCUCGGCCCCGGCGCCAGGAAUGGCGGCACAGCAUUUGACGGCCGUGUCGUGGUUGCUGGGAGUGGUGGGUGUGGUGGGGUUUGCCAUGUUGUAG